AUGGCCUCCCUCGACAAGCUCGCCAUUCGUGGCGUGCGCUCCUUCGACGACAAGUCGAUCAACAUCAUCCAAUUCUUCCACCCGCUCACCGUCAUCGUCGGCUACAACGGAAGUGGUAAGACCACUAUCAUCGAAUGCCUCAAAUAUGCGACCACAGGCGAUCUGCCUCCCAACACCAAAGGCGGUGCCUUCGUGCACGACCCGCAAAUGGCCACCUCCAACGAAGUCAAGGCGCAGGUCCGGCUUCGAUUCUAUGCCGCCAACAAGGUCCGCAUGAACUGUGUACGCAACCUGCAGGUCUCGCGUAAGAAAGGAGGUGGCCUCACUAUGAAGACGCUCGAGGGUCUACUUCAGAUUGCCGAUGACGAUGCGAAGACUGGCAAACGCGGCACCUUGUCGACCAAGUGUUCCGAGCUGGACGAGGAGAUCCCGCGAUUGCUUGGUGUGUCCAAAUCGAUCCUCGAGAAUGUCAUCUUCUGCCAUCAGGAGGACAGCAACUGGCCAUUGUCAGAGCCAGCGAGUCUCAAAAAGAAGUUUGACGACAUCUUCGAAGCUACUCGCUACACCAAGGCGCUCGACAACAUCAAGUCUCUGCGAAAGGACCGCACUGUACAGCUUAAGGUCGACAAAGCGGCGCUCGAGGGCCUCAAAGUCGACAAGGACCGUGCCGAUACCAUCAAGACCAAGCUCACUCAUCUUCAGGCCGACCUGGCCCAAAAAGAAGCCAAACUCGAAGAUCUCAACGACGAGAUCCGCGUCAAGACGGUGCAGAACUCCAAAUUCUACGAUGAGGCCACGCGCUUCCGCGAGAUCGUCAGUCGCGCAGAGACGCUCGAAGAAAAGGAGAGACUACACAAGGAGAACAUGGAGGCCCUGCAAGCAAGCAUGACACCCAUCAAGGACACCGAUGAAGAGUUGCAGCAGCGGAAGCAAAGAUUCCAGUCGCACUUGGAUCAGAACCAGAACAAAAUCCAUUCUCUCAAACGACGUCAAGCGGAGAAGGAGGAUGAACUGGAAUCCAACGAGCAGCGUCAUAGGAAGAAGCUGUCGGAGAAAGGUGGUCUGGAAGCGGAGAAACGUGCGCACGUUCAGGCCAAGGAACGGCGCGAGUCUUCGAUCAAGCAGAUCGCGAAUGAGCUCGGCAUCAAGGGCUUUGGUGGCGACGGGCUGACCGAUACCCAGAUCCGCAGCUUCGAAGAUCGUGUCAAGGACGAGGUUCGGAAGCUCGAUGAUGAGCUCGCACGUCUGCGUGAAGCAAACUCGAAGAAGGACGAUGAACUUACAACCGUGUGGCAGAACAUGCGCGCCGACCUCCGAGCGAAGCAGACCGCCCGCGAGCAGCUCACGGACUCGGUACGGAAGCUUCGCGAGAAGAUCAAGAGGGCUCAAGACGAGCUCGACGGAUAUGCUCUGAGCAGCUCGGACAUCGAAGGUGCCGAGCGUGACCGAGAUAGCCUCUCUGCUAAAGUGACUGCCGCGCAAAAGGAGUUCGAAGAGGCAAGAUACGAUGACCAGAUUCGGAAGAAAAACACCGAGAUCCGGGAAAAGGACGACCUUCGAGAAGAGCGCACGUCCGAGAUCAAUUUGCUGAAUCGGCAUGCAGAGCUGCGGGCAUCGCUAGCCUUGAAGAUGCAGCAGGCAACAACACGCAAAAACAACGCUCAGGAGCUGCUCGAUCGACACAAGGCAGCGCUGGAUGAGCGGGUUCGUACUGGUGUGGAGCUCAAGGAAGUCGAGAGUGAAGUCACUCGAGCCUUGUCGAAGCGCGAGAAGCGUCUCGAGGAAGUUGAGGCGGACAAUGCUGAACGGAACCGUGAGCUGCAACAGGUCGAGUCGGCAAUCUCGUUUGCUCGCAAGCAGCUCGUUUCCAAGCAAGCGAUGGCAGUAGAGCUGCAGAAGGCUGUCCAAGACAUUCUCUCGCCUGACUUUGACGAUGUCGAGGAGGCGGUCAAGGUCUGCGCGGAGGAGAUCGCGGCUGCAAAGGACGAGUACGCAUCCAUCGACUCGCUAGACUCCUUCCUUCGCAGAGUUCUGAGGGAAGCGAAGGGCAAGGGACACUGCUUUGCAUGCAACAGAGGCGUCAGUCCGAGCGAGUACGAAGCCAUCGAAAAGCACGUCUCCAGCACGCUCAGCUCGAGCAACACAGCACAGAAGAAGAAGGCGCUCAAGGCGGACAUUGAUGCCUGGACAGAGCGCAAUGCCGAGUGCCAGACUGCGCUGGCCAAGGAUGCACAGCGUAAGGUCAUCCAGGACGUCGAGAUCGUCGAGCUUAAAACAACCAUCGCAAACAAAGAAGCAGAGCUGAACGUUGCUGCUGAGGCGGCAGAAAAAUCCUCCGCCGAAGUCACCAAGCUCCAAGCGGAGGUGAAAGAACUGCAGACGUUGCGUCGUACUGGUGGCGACAUCGCACGACUACUCUCGGAGGCGAAUGAUCUGGACGCCGAGGUGCAGAACUUGCAGAGCGAUCUCGCUAGCACGGGGUCGACGCAGACUGGCGAGCAAGUGCAGGCAGACAUCGACCAGCUCGCGGCGUCCAUCAAGGUGCUCAAGCGAGAGCUCAACGUCUUGCAGCAGGAUCGCGAGACGAAGCGCACGUUGAUCAACAGCUUAGAGCGCGAUGCUCAUCGAGCCGAAGUUACCGUGAUGACGAAAAGGCAGGAGUAUGCCAAGAAGGCUUCCGUCGAACAACAGCUGCAGGAGAUGAACGUGGAGCUGGAAGAGCACCAGAAGCGUACCAAAGGUCUCGAUGGCGAGAUCGAAAGCUCGAGUGCGCCGAUUCGUUGUGCUAAGGACGAGCUGGAGUCGUUCAAAGCUGAGGCGAGCGAGGCCGAGAGCAAGCUCAAAGCGAGGGCUGAUAAGCUGGAGGGUUGGGCAAAGCAGAUCCGCGAGCUAAACGCUGCGGUCAAUGCCUACAUUCAACAGCGUGGAGAUCAGCGGCUGGAAGAAUGUGAAGAGGCUAUUCAGGAGCUUGUUGACAAGAUCCAGGCCAUACAUCGCGAGGUCAAGGAGCUUACGGACAAGGUGGCCGAGUUACAGAAGGAGGUGAACCAAUCCCAGGCUACUGAGCGCAACAUCGUCGAUAACAUCCGCUACCGUCAACUUGCCAAAGAUGUCGCUAAGAUCGAGGAGGAGAUCAACUCGUUGGAUCUCGAACAAGCGCAGCGCAGCCGGAAGCAUUUCGCCGACAAGUACACCGAGGCCAAAGAAGAGGAGAACAGGCUCAACGGUGAGGCCUCGCACCUGAGCGGAGAGCUUGCAUCGCUCCGAUCGCAGAUCAAAGGUCGCGAGCUUGAGCUACGGGACGAGUUCAAGGGCGUACACCAGAACUACAAGCGCAAGCUGAUCGAAGUCAAGACCUCGGAGAUGGCGAACAACGAUCUGGAAAAGUACGCCAAGGCGCUCGAGAACGCCAUCAUGCGCUACCACUCAAUCAAGAUGGAGGAGAUCAACGACAUCAUCCGCUACCUGUGGCAGAAGACCUACCAGGGUACGGAUAUCGACACGAUCCUGAUCAAGUCGGACAACGAAGGAGCGCGUGGCAAUCGGUCGUACAAUUACCGCGUGUGCAUGGUCAAGGACACGGUGGAGAUGGACAUGCGAGGACGCUGCUCAGCAGGGCAGAAAGUGCUGGCGUCGAUCAUCAUCCGUCUCGCUCUGGCAGAGUCGUUCGGCAGCAACUGCGGUAUCCUGGCGCUCGACGAACCGACGACGAAUCUGGACAAGGACAACAUCGAAUCGUUGGCGCGCAGUUUGGCCGAUCUGAUCAAAGAGAGGGCGGAGAACAGCCAGUUGCAGCUGAUUGUGAUCACGCACGAUGAGGAUUUCCUGACGCUGCUGGGGCAGAAUGACGUGCUCGAGUACUAUUGGAGGGUCAGCCGUGAUGUCCAUCAGAAGAGCAUCAUCGAGCGCGAGCGCAUCCGCAAUACGUGA